UGAUCUGUCCAGGGUGGAGGAUAAAGCGGUAGCAAAUGGACAGAUGGAGUUGCAAGUGACACCGCUUCAUCUGCCUUGUUGCAGUUGUUGUUUUCGAUCAUUUCCAGCAGAGGGUGAUCUCUCAUCACACUGAAUCAAAGUCACACACAAAUCAAGUGAGUUGGUCGAUUAGUGCAGGGGAUAAUUUCACUUCUUUUUUUAAAAAAAAGAUAAAAUAAUCUGUUGUAUGUACAAUUCCAAUGUGCUACUAUACUAUACUACUAUUUGCUACUGUCUGUCAGUAUUAAUUGUGAGGCAAUGAGUCUAUCAUGCUUUACCUCUCCUGCAGCUUCGGCAUCAUAACCCUGUAGUACAGUCUCACAGCUUAAAGGUCAUGUCGCUGUGGAAGGACAACAGGAGGAAAAUCAUUCUGUCUCACAAGUUGUCUUCAAAACCACAUCACAAUCUACAGGAAGCACAUGUUUGCUGUGUGUAUUUAUGUGACACACACAGAGACAGUAUUCAUCACUCAGGGAUGAUGUCUCUGCGUUGGUUUGUACUUUUGCUCUUUGUCUUCACAAAUGCAGACAAUAUUAUGUUGUGGCGAGAGUCUGGUGGUAACGUCACCCUAGAGUGUUCUUACACAGAAUGUCCCAGAAGCAUUGACGGGUGUGUGGGGAUGUAUUUGUAUCAUGAUUCACGGCAGCAGCAGCAGGAAGAGGUGCUUUACUAUCACUCCAGCCCUGCACCUGAAAGAAUCACCCCACGGAUGAGAUACUGGCACAGGGUUGAGAAGAAAGGACAGCUCAAGAACCACACCGUCACCAUCAGGGACCUGAACAUGGGCGACUCCGGCAUCUACAAAUGUGUCUACAUAAAAAACAUCAAAAUCCAAGUUACAUGCAGUGUCUACACUCUUUUUAUAGCAGGAGUAGCACAGUGUCCCACGUCAUCAACGUCCAGCCUGACCAAACUGGACAUGGUUUAUAAACGUCCUGAUCCACUGUUAGUCGUUCUUGCCACCUGUGCUGUCACCUUAUUUACCACCUUGUUCUUCAUGCUGCUGAUUUUGAGGGUGAAACGAUGGACUCAGAAGACAAGAAGACGCGCUCCCCCCAUUGAAAAUGUGUAUGAAAUUAUGAACAAGAGCCCUGUAGCUGCUCCAGAGUAGCCGCCGUCUUGUGCCGAGCACAUUAUCUGCUGGGUACAAUUUUCCUCUUGACUGUUUUUUAAACUUUUUUGCUGGACCAAUUGUAAGUAAGCUUAUUUGAGACGGAGUGUAUAAUAAACGGUACAUAAUACAAAUGAACACAACAAAACCUCCCCAAAAGGAUCCGAUGCCACACAUUUCUGGUGCGUUUUGACGUCAUUUGAGCAGUUCCUGUGUUUGACUGCGGUAAAGUCUCCAAAAAUGAUCUUAGUGAGUCUACAUUUGCGCUUUCCCCGGAGAGACAACUGAGCUUAUUAAAGUGAGUACUAAAAAGUAAAUGAACAUGCAGGAUGUUUGUGUAGGAGAGCAGACUUUAAACGACAGGGCUUGUGGUCACAAACCCUGUGAUCUAUGAAGGGGCCUGGGUCGGUGCACGUCUCAGUCAACGUGGGAGCAAAGAAACAAAACUAGAUCUGAGUGACAUAGAUACAAGUAAUAAGUGAUGGCAAACACAACGCAGCGUUUCAUCGGCAGCGACACUGAUGAUGGUUAAAGAAAGUCUUAAUGAUGUAACUCUGUGUAAUAUAUACUAAAUGUGGUUUUUAUUCUUUUCUAUGAUAUAUUCCUUUGCUUUUGUUUGUUUACAAUAUAUUAUCGGGUUAUGGCUGCAAAUUGUGCAGAUAUUAUGAUAUAUUCAUUUCAUUUUCAUUUGUGUCUUUAAACAUUACUACCACUGAGAAACCUGUUUGUCAGUAAGGGACAGGAAAUCAAUGGAACCACAGUGUUUAGAAAAACAAGGUUGGGCAGCCGCAAACAACAACAGUUUAAAUAUACUGCUAAAGAAUUAAGGGGAACACCUUCUGUAAGUCACAAAUAAAGUGCUUACUGAUAUUAA